AUGGCCCACCGACUCGUAACCCAGGUCGUCAUUAUCGGCAGCCGUAUCAUCGGCCGGUCGUUCGCGGCGGCCUACAAGCAGGCGCAGGCCUCGUCGCAGGGCCUCCUCGGCGCGGGCAUGACGCUCGAAGAGGCGUGCAAGAUUCUCAACGUGAAGCCGCCCAAGGGCGGCCAGGCCAACGCUGAGGAGGGUGGCUCCUUCUACUUGCAGAGCAAGGUUGUCAGGGCGAAGGAGAGGCUAGAUAGGGAGCUCGGCCCGAUACGCGAGAAGCUAGAACAGGACGCUGAGGUCAAGGAAGGCUUCAAGCCCAAGAUUUACAAGGACUAA